AUUGUUUUCCCUUUUUUUGUUAAACAAACAAACCGCAGCAACGCGACACUUUGACAAGCCAGUAACAGAUGUUUUGUGACGCAAAUAGAACAAAGAUGAAAACAAAGUCAAUGACAAAUCUGUUGUGUGGUUUUCGGACUUACCAGCAAAAGCAAAGAACACCCUGCUGACGAUAGUUUUGGGGGUUUUGUUACUUGGUGAUUUACACUCGUGUGACGUCAGAGCCAACAUAGGUUUGUUUGGGGCAAUAUUGGUAUAAAAAGGCCUUGGCCGUUAGAGUAAGGAAGUCAGUUGAAAAUUGCUACCCAAAAAAAAAGUUCUAUGAAAAUGCGUUGCCUUACUUUGAUUGCUCUUUUCGCCUUGCUAGCUGUGGUUGCUGCUCAGCAGGGUUCUGGACGUCAAGGAGGACAACAGCAACAACAACAGGGAGGACAGCAAGGGUGGCAACAAGGAGGACCACAACAGCAAGGUGGACAACAGAACGGUUGGAAUCUACCACCCAAUGCCACGUUGCCAUCCAACGGAACUACAACAACUACGGAAGCCAGUACCAGCAGCUCCAGUGGUAACUCCACCAGCAGCUCUACAACAGAGGCUUCUACUUCUUCUUAAAAUGCAUUUCUCUUAUUAUGUAGUAAAAAAAAAAGCUAAUUC